AUGGAUUCAAUUGGAGCCGUAUCCCCAGCUCUCAAUACAUCUGUCUCCUCGCCCGUGACUGAACGCUCCAGGAACACGGCACCCGUGGCGCAGGAAAACGACUCAACAGCCGAGCCCCCCAAGAAGAAACAGAAGCGCAACAAGCCAACGCUAUCAUGUGAAGAAUGUGUCGAAAGGAAAACCAAGUGUGAUCGAGGGAGACCUCAUUGCCUUGCUUGUAUAAAACGUCAAACAGAUUGUAAAUAUGCACAUGUUGCAAAUGUCUUGGAGGAGACAAACCGGUCUGUCAGUAAUGGCCGCCGUAUGACCAAACCCCCUAAGAGGAAACCCGAGUCGGUAUCAAGGGUGUUUGAAGUCCCAAGACAAGCCCCAAAUCCGCACGAAAGAAGUGCUUCCAGGGAAUCGACAUCUUCAUCCACUGGCCUGCUUUCCAAUGUGCCGUAUUCUCAUCCCACUGCCUCCAAUGUUUUUGGAAUCGGGUCCGAGCACCCCUUUGCAAAUUACUGGACAUGUCAGGGAGGAUUAGCAGAGGUAAUCUCGGUCUUGCCUGAUAAGCUGCAGGCCGAUAUUCUGCUGGACAUGUAUUUUGAAUGUGUUGACCCAGUCUAUCCUAUGAUUCAUAGGCAGACCUUUUACGCCGACUAUGAGCAGUUCUGGUCCCUGACUCCGGCAGAGAGAGAGCGGUCCGAUGGAGCACUGGUAGCAAUGAUAUUCGCUAUGAUAGCCAUGGGGACCCAGUUUAUCAGCACAACCACUUAUCAUGACCGACAGCAAACGGCCGAGUUUUACGUCUCAGCCGCCCACCAGGCUUUGAGAAUGAGCUCAUACCUCAAUAAGGCCUCCGUCCGGUCAAUCCAAGCCAUGGUCAUCAUAACAUACUUCUUGAUCAAUGAUAACCAUGCCUCGGACGGGUGGGCAUUUGCUGGAAUCCUCAUCCGCCAAUCCUAUGCCAUGGGCCUGCAUCGCGAUCCCGACAUCGUCUGUCCCAACGCCAGUAUCUUCGAGAAGCAGAUCCGGCGGAAACUGUGGCAGGCUGUUCUCCUCCAGGACACGUUUCUCACCGUCCUACUAUCGCUCCCACCAAGCGCAACCCAUACUGAUGUCAACGUGGAAGACCUAGUCGAUGUUUCCUCCAGCAUCGCCAACUCUAACCCUACCGACACAGCCUAUAUCCGCGGGUGCUGGACACUCGCAAACCUCGUCCAGGAAACGAUCUGCUCGCCGCGGUCUCUCGACCUUCCCAUAUCCUCCACCCCGCGGCAGAAAUCAAAACUCCUGGCCGACUUCCGCGCCGUCUACCGCUCCUUCCCAGACAUCUUCCGCUCCUGGGAUGCCGAAUCUAUUACGCUCUUAGCCCAGAGUAACAAACGCAUAGUACGCCAGACCCUGUUUCUCGCGAGUAACUAUUACCAUAGCAUUAUGUUAGUGCAUUCGAGCUCGAGUCCCGAGGUUCCGGUCAACUUCCGGGGCGCGUUGGAAGCGGCCCACGAGGCCAUCAACGCCUUCUUCCUGCUCUGCGCCAUAUUUGAGAACGAGGCGAAGGUGUGGUGGGUCUUCAAUCAUAGGGCGUUUCUGGAGGCGCUGUGUAUCGGGAGUAUCUUGCGGGAUCAGGCCAAGGACGAAAAUGGGGCCGAUGUCCUGGCUAAGGACCCCUUAUUUGUGAGGGCGAAGGCCGAUAUUCUCCAAAUGAUCGCCAUUAUGCAAAAUAUGAGUGAAGGCGAACACGGGUCUGAGGUGGCGAGAACGAGGAUCUCUGUACUGGGCAACUAUCUGUAG